AUGGAAGAACCAAAUUCAAAAGAAACACAGGCAAUUGCAACUACACUAUCCCCUUCGACUUCAACACAAGCAACGGUUCAUGAUGUUGCUAUGGAGGAAGCCCCUGUACUUAACGCUGCCGAAAAGGAUAGUAAAGUAACAGCCGACUCGUCAGUGAAUAAUCAAAGAAUCGUAGAAGAAUUUCAAUAUCUUUUGGAAAAAAGUCAACAACUGUUCGCAGGUUUGAGGGAUCUUCCUCCAACAGGGGGUCGUCAGUGGCAACCAUAUUUUCAAAAAACUUUUGAAGUUUACACCAAGUUGUGGAAAUUUCAACAGCAAAAUAGAUUUGUUUUAGAAAACAAAGAGAACUAUGGCCUUAAAAGAUGGGAAGUUGGCGAAAUUGCGUCAAAAAUUGGGCAGUUAUAUUAUCAUUACUAUCUUCGUACAAGCGAAACAAAUUAUCUUCAUGAAUCUUAUAUAUUUUAUGAAGCUAUUCGUGAAAGGUCCUAUUUCAAAGAUGUGCUCGAUAUCAAAACCCCAGCUUUGAUGAUUAAAAAGCUAAGAUAUUAUGCCCGAUUCAUCGUCGUAUGUCUAUUGUUAAAUAGAAGAGAAAUUGUACAAAAUCUGAUGGAAGAAUUGAGUGGUUUUGUUGAUGAUUAUAUAAGAAUAUUUAGGCCAGUGGAUUCAAUUGAAUGGCAAUCUGUACUUCAAGAAAUUGGCACAUUUUUAGAGGCUGAAAAGAAGCUCGUUCCAGUUUCACCGAAAGGUCAUUACUUGCCCAUCGCACGUCGUCUUCAAAUUGAAAGGAGUCCGAGACUUGAAAAAGAUGGUUCUCCCAAGUUAAAACUUCAAGAAGCGAUUUUGGUGGGAAAUUAUCAAAACCAAAUAAAGUUUUCGGAACUUACACUCGACAUGUAUCACAUUUUACAAUCACUUGAACGAGAACCAGCACCACCAAAAGGUGCCCCUAAAGUAGCUGGGGUUGAAAAUUCCUCCACUAAUGAGAGGGGGAAAGAUGACACAUCAGUCGAAGAACAAUCAAGUAUUACACCAGCCGAUAAGAGUGCAUCAAGAAGAGUUAAUCCACACAAAUAUCUUCUGUAUAAACCAUCUUUCAGUCAGUUGAUGGUUUAUAUUGCGACAGCUUUUAAGGAAAUAAAUGAAAAUUCUGCCAUGUUACUUUAUAUUUCGGCGGAUGGUGCGAAACGAUCAAAUAAUAAUGAUCAAAAUCAAUUCAAUGGAUAUGGUGGUGGCGUUGCAACAAGUUCCAAAAAACUAGCAGACAAAUCAGAAACAUCUGACAAUGGAGGGUUGGCAAAUUGUUUACAUCCAGACGAUUUGGUACCGUUUACCCGAAAAUCAUUAUGUCUGAUAAUUGACAGCAAUAAUAGCACAGCCUUUGCGAAUUUUCCCAUGGUUUUCAACCAACCGUUCCUCUGUCUUAUGUCACCCACUGAAUACCCUGCUUCUAUUCCAGAUACUCAGAUUGGUAGUCUUUUUACUCUAUUUCUCCAUGCUCCUCUUCUUGGAUUUGCGUUUAUUUCGGGCAUUGGGCAGUUAAAUUCUGAUGAUUGGGAAAAAUGCGUAAAUUUACUUAGUGAAUCUGAGGCCAUAAUUGUUGAACUUUUUAAUUCAUCUAAUUUGGAAAGAUCAGUGAAACGAUUUCUGCAAGAUGAUUUCCUUCGCCAAUUCCUCGUACGAUUUGUAUUAUGCAGUAUAUUUUUGAAGUUUCAUAAUAGUUUUCAAGAAGAAAAGAACCUUCCCUCUUCUUGUCCGUCAUUACCAUCUGCUAUAUUUGAUUCCCCUGAUUUGUUGGCAAAACUUGACCAAAUCACGAAAAUAGUACAUGUUGAAUCCAAUUAUUCAUUCCCAAAUUCAGAGAUUGAGGAAGAGAAUGAAUCUAUAACACAGACUGAGGAAGUUUCUUCUGAAAAUAAAACCUCUCCAAAAGCUGAAACAGAAGAGUAG